ACCAUAGACCAGUCCAUGCAGAAAAACUCGGUUUCUCGGUCAAACUUCAACUCUCAACCUUCUCUUCCAUUUUCUUCUCUUUGGUCCAAGAACCCUUUCUUUAAAUGCCUCAGAUUCACUGUCUGUAUCUUCACCUUCACUCCCCCUUUCUUUUUGUUAUACAAUUCCACAGCUCCGGAAAUAUGCAGCCUCAUUCCCCAGCUCACCCACAUCACAUCCUAUCUACUUUCAUGUUCACAGCUUAUUAUAGUUCAUCUGCCUGGUUUUGCAUAUCCAGUUUGGGUUCUAUUUCUUCUGCAAAUUUUACUAUCAGGUUCCGGUUAUUCUGCGUCUGGAUUCAUCUGCUCGUCGCAAACUAGAAUCACUUGGGUUCAGUCCUCCAUUGGUUGACUUUGAUUACUGCUGCGAAAGUUGUUAUACGAUGGACACUGGUUUGAAAUGGCAGCAGAAGACUCUGGUCAAUGAGCUUACUCAAGGGAUGGAGCUGGCAAAGCAGUUGAAGAUCCAUUUGAGUCCAUCUUCAAUGAGCCAGACCCAAGAAUUCUUGGUACAUAAGAUAGCAGCAUCAUUUGAGAAGGCUCUUUUGAUAGUCAAAUGGAGUGAGCCAGUGGAAAACCCUCAGCCAGUGGCACCUUCGUCUGCUCCCCAGUCUCCCCUUUCUGUCAAUGGAAGUCCCCGGACUGUGAGCGAGGAUUUUGACAAGGGUUGUAAGGAUCAUCAUCAGGAACACAAAGACUUCUCAGAGAAGAGAAAGACAUCGCCCACACGGACCGAUCAAGUGAGAGUCUGCUCUGAGACCGGGCUUGAAGGGCCCCAUGAUGAUGGCUACAACUGGAAAAAAUAUGGGCAGAAGGACAUUCUUGGAGCUAAAUACCCCAGAAGCUACUACAGAUGCACCUACAGAAACCUCCAUGACUGUUGGGCGACAAAGCAAGUUCAGCGUUCGGAUGAAGAUCCCUCCAUGUUCGAGAUCACAUACCGAGGAAAGCAUACUUGCACCCAAGGCAGUCAUUCAGUGCCAGCACCAGCAUCACCUGAAAAGCCCCUGGAUAUUUUCUCAAGGAUGGUCAUCAUUACAAGGUUUGAGGUUUAGAAGAGUGAUGUUCUACAUCGCAAUUAUGCUAAUGAGGAGAACAAUGAGAUUUUCCAGUGACAAGGUUAUUGGACGCUUAACGAGCAGCUAGUACAUAUUGUUCUUGUGCAUUACAAAGAUGCAAAGAGGAGAUACAGGAGAAGACACUCACUGCAUAGCCACCUUUUGCAUGGCCAACUUGAGGCCACGUGUCAUGCUCCCGAAUUCCUUCCUUUUGACUUUAAAAAUAAAUUUCCUAAACCUCAUUUUGUAAAACGAUUUCUUCAAUUCUGUUUUUUUUAAUUAGUUUCAAAUCUUCAAAUUUUCCCAUCCUUAGCAUUUUUCUUAAGUUCCA